CUUUCUCUUUGAUCAACAACAGCAGCUGUAGUUCACCGCUUGAAUUCCUUCCGACUUCGGCACGACUGCGGAAGAAAUGAUUGGGUUAAAGAUAAUCAUUUUUCUGUGCGUUGUCAUGGCGAUGACCAACAGUAUCAUUGGCCAAAACUCGACAUUCAUCGAUGAAGACUGUUUCCAAUGCCUUUGCGAGGGAGCGACCGGCUGCAAUUCGACCGCAGGCUGCCAAUCAACCUACCACGGAGCCGAAUUCUGCGGUCCAUUCCAUAUCUCGUGGCAGUACUGGCUUGACGCUGGAUCGCCCUCCAUACUUGACGUUACUAAGCCUACUUUUGAGGAUUUUAAAGACUGCGCCAACGAUUUCAGCUGUGCUGCAACUAUUGUGAGGAAUUAUUUACAGAAACUCAUCAUCAGCAAGAAGGUGGACUGCAAUGGCGAUGGUGAAAUAAACUGCAUUGACUUCGCUCUAACACAUAAACUGGGAGGUUAUAACUGCCACCAGAAAGACGAUCGCCCUACAAAAUACUAUGGCAGAUUCUACGCAUGUUGGAAUAACACUGGAAGUGAAGAUUACUCAUAAAGUGCAUCGUAUAAAAUGUCAAAACCAAAUAAUUGUUCAUCCGACAAGAAAAAUUGUCUUCCCAGUUUUAUUAUUUCUAUUGUGCAUUGCAAGGCCGUGUCUAAUUGAUUUUCGUCGAUAAAAUCUCAUCAAAACAUUGGAUGUGGAUCGUAUUUUGGAAAUAGCCAUUUGAAGCCACAGCGUAAUUGGCAAAAAUAUGCAGUGAUGUCUAAUUUUGAUAAUUAAGGCACUUAUCAGAGUAAAUAAAAGAAAAUUAAAGGGAACUUAGCUAAAUCUAGCGAGCUCGUACAUAGAAGGUAGUAUAACGUCAUUACUAAAGACCCUCCCACUCAUUGAUACUGUAGUGACGUACGUUACUAGAUACCCCGCCCAUAUACUUUAUGAAUGAAGACUCAGAUGCUGGUAGUAGUAGUAAUAGUAGUAUAUUAAAUUCUGUUAUUGUUUCACACAUUCAAACUCCCAAGUAGAGCAGUACAAUUAAGGAAUGGGCAUUAAAUGAGAAUAUCAAUUUUGUAAUACAGUUCCAUGGUGCAAUCCAAGUUUCUGUUGAUCUGAAAUAUGCACCACGUCUUAAACAGUCUUUGAAAACUGUUGUUACCCUGCAGUUUCAAGGAUAUGUGAAGUAUCGUUCUGAUACCCGCGAAAUUUGCCAAGCGGUCUUAGGGUCUAUGUGGAUAAAGACCAGUAUUUAGCCAAUGAAUAAAAAUGCAUUAUUUAA